ACUGCCUCGGUGUCCGUGCGCGUUGACAGACCGAUGAGACUGUUUCAAAUAGCCUGUCGCUUAAUUUUCAGGGUCUUUGGCCCGGCAUGUUUUGUAAUGUCACUUGGCCUGUGCUAAUUAGCUCCUGAAGCGGACUAUACAGACUUAAGGAAUGCUAGAUUAAGUGCUGUUGCAAAUGCACUUCUGGUGAACUUCUCUCUCUCUCACCGCGCCAAACAUCUCGGACAAUCUGUCUCCUCGGUUUGCAACCAUGGCUGAGAAACGACGGUCCCCGUGUACGAUGAGCCUCAAGGCGCACGCAUUCUCGGUGGAAGCGCUCAUUGGCACGGAGAAAAGAAGAAAGUUGGAUGAAGACAACGAAAACUGUUUUGAAGAAGAAAACGAGGUGUUGAACCUGACAGAAAGUACGCAAGCCGGGGUUGGGAGAACUUGCUCCAGGAGUUGCGAGAUAGAUUGCCCAAGCGACGAAUCCCCGGAGUCUGAAGACGUCUUGCUGGAUAGCCCACAACCCGCAUCGCAGGACACACAGGUCCAGGGGCAAUCAAGCACGAGCUUCGGGGAAGAGAUGCGCGUGGACCUGCAGGGCUCAGACUUAUGGAAGCGAUUCCACGAGAUCGGAACAGAAAUGAUCAUCACCAAAGCCGGCAGGCGGAUGUUUCCCGCAAUGCGGGUCAAGAUUACGGGACUAGAUCCUCAUCAACAGUAUUACAUCGCUAUGGAUAUUGUUCCCGUUGACAACAAACGGUAUAGGUACGUCUACCACAGUUCAAAGUGGAUGGUUGCGGGAAACGCCGACUCUCCCGUGCCACCGCGCGUCUACAUUCAUCCUGACUCCCCAGCUUCCGGUGAGACCUGGAUGCGCCAGGUUAUCAGCUUUGACAAACUCAAACUGACCAAUAACGAGCUGGACGACCAAGGCCAUAUCAUUCUGCACUCCAUGCACAAGUACCAGCCUCGCGUCCACGUCAUCCGUAAGGAGUGCGGUGAAGAACUCUCGCCCGUUAAGGCGGUUCCCACCGGGGAUGGUGUCAAAUCGUUCUCUUUUCCUGAAACUGUCUUCACGACUGUGACCGCUUACCAAAAUCAACAGAUAACAAGACUGAAAAUUGACAGAAAUCCAUUUGCAAAAGGCUUCAGAGACUCAGGAAGAAACAGGAUGGGACUAGAGGCUCUGGUUGAGUCAUACGCAUUUUGGAGGCCCUCGCUGAGGACUCUGACAUUUGAGGACAUUCCUGGAAUCACCAAACAAGGUGCAGCUGGUGUGGUCGGGUCCUCAGCGCACACACAUCUGCUGUCCUCCUCCUCAUGCUCUUCCCCUACAUUCCACCUUGGUUCCGGGGCUGGGCCGGUGUGCGAUUACUCCGCCUGCAGUCGAACAAGCCACCCACUUCAUCGCUACGCCACGCCUCUUUCCGCAGAAACCUACAGUCGAUUGGCUAAUCCUGCAGCAGACGCGUUUUCCUCUACAAGAAGCUCCGCUUAUGUGAGCGGUCCUGAAAGCGAGGCUUUCUCGUGCACGCAAUCCGGCCUGCCGAUCCAGAUCCACAGCAUGCCGAGCACAACCUCCCAGCUGCAGUACCUAAUGCCCAGCCAUACUCAUAAUGCGUUUUCCACCAAUCAGAGCACACAAGGAUCUUAUAAUGGGUUCCGCCUGCACAGUCCAUAUGGUCUCUAUGGUUACAACUUCUCCACUUCUCCCCGAUUGGCCACCAGCCCCGAAAAGGCAGCCGCCACACAAAGUUCAUUCCUCGGCUCCUCCCCAAGCGGGACAUUGACGGACAGGCAAGUUUUAUCCACGGUGGAUGGUCUGCACAUGCUCAGUAGUAGCCAACAGAACCUUUUUGACUCACGGACUUUGGGGUUGACAAGCUCCGCCUCCCAGGUAACAGCGCACAUGGCUUGAACUGUGACCCCUUGCUAACGGACUCUUUAUAGGCAAUUGGACAAGACUCUGCUGAGAGUGUUUUUUUGAGUUUGUUAAGUAGUUAAUAUCAUAAUUUAUAAUCUGUUGGACACUCAUCACCCUCGCACAAGGAUAUCACAAAGAAAAAAAAACAGAAUGCCACCAAGGGCAAAACUGAUGUAUUGUGUAAAGAUCACAUUAUGUAUGCCAAAGAUCACAUUGAGGAUGUUUUAAAUAGUCAUUAUGAUGAACUCUGUACGGAAAAGACCAUUAAUGGACAUCAGGGUAAGGAAGUGCCAGAAGAUUUAUGUAAUAAUCCAGAAAAUGCUUUACACACCCACACUUACACACAAGCACACAUGGUUUGAAGGCACAAACAGAACAACAGCCAUAAGAUCUCAUCAUAGUUCAAUGAGACCCCUGUACUAAACUGCUAGACAAUCAAGUAUAGUUUUGCACUUAAACAAGUGCCAGGAAAAUAUUUAAAAGAGAAACAGGAAAUGAUGUCACAAAGGGAAAAACAGGUUUAAAAUCAAUUGAUACAUGUUACAGAGUACUGUAAGUGAUUUUAACUCCAGAGCUUUGCCAGCUGACACUCAGCUAUACUGCAAUGUUUGACAGACAUUUUACUUUUUGAGGUUUUGACCUCAAAUACAUCCAACCAGCAUCUACAGCUGUUAAUGUGGUUUAAUCUGAAACUGGAUUAGGGUAGCAAUAAGGAAAUGUGGGCUAGUGUUUACAAAUUCUCUCCAAGUUGAAGGGCUUUUGCUGGAUCAGCGCUCAUGUCUGGUGUCUUGGAACGGACGGGGUGGGAGGAAUCUGAUCCAAGAUGAUAAUUUUCACACUUUAUAAAUACAACCAUUUAAAUUCUUCGAAAGGAUUAUACAUGCUACAUGCUGAUUUCAGCUCAGCUACACAAUCACUUUUGUAGGUUUUCUUGCAGACACGUUAGAUGUCGCUAUGCUUGUAUUUCUUCUCGAAUAUGGAGAGUAUGAAUAUUAUUGAUACUGUGUAAAGAUUUCACUUGCACUUGCGAAUUUAAAUACUUGCUUUUAAUCGAUGGGCUGUUCGGACACUUUCUCCGUUUGAGUCUUGUUGGCGUGAAGAUUCGAAAGACAUUCGAGCCAAAUAAAAUAUAUCCACAUGGUAAAGGAUAACGGAGGAGUUUGUGUGUUUAUGCAUGUGUGUUUUUCAGCAUCACAAGGUUGAAUGGGUUCUCUAGGGGUCAGGCAAAGGUUUUGAAUGCCUAACAAAUGAAAAAUAGCACCGGGGGCUCCACGAGAGGUGCACACGCGCCAGCAAAACACAUUCAUGCACAUUAAUUUAUUUUACAGUAAGACAAUAUAGAUGUGCUUUUGACAGCCUUGCAGUUUAAACAUAGAAAUUAAUUAUAUAAAAAGAAAUCUUCAAAAGCUAAAAGUAAAAACGCAUUCGUCCUCUAGGGAUCAAACAUGUCAGCAACAUUUUGCUGUUUAUGUGAAAACCAUAAACAAGUGUGAAAUUACACCGAUCGUCUUCAUGCACUUGUUAUAAGGUUAGGUUUCAGUAUGUGCGCGCGUGUGUUUAUCUUCAGUUUUACAAAGAGUUGAAAUUUUUAACUAAUAUUUACAACUAUUGGGGAAAUUUGAAAAACAAGCAGUUUAUUUUGCUUACUAUUAAAUUGUUUAAAAAUACUGAAAAAAUUAUUUUUACAAACAGUCUAGUUUAAAUGCUAGUGUUGCUAUUGAUAGGAUUAGGUCAUGGACUGGUUUAACCCACAGCGUGCAUUUUGCACUGUGGUUAGUCUUCAUAACCAAUAAAACACCUGUCAUGGACUAAAGGUGACAGACACACAACAUAUGCACAGAGAGAGAGAAGGUUGUUGUCAAGUACUUUUUAUUUUAGAACAGAGGAAUGAUAGGCUUGCUCAAUCGGACUAACAGGUGACAGCCCCCCCCCCAAAUCUUACACACAUACACCUCACAUUACUGGUUUAUUAUCAGUGGACAUUCAAAUUCAAGCCCAGCUGCAGAGAGCAUUGAAUGUAUACUGUGUGUAUACUGUAUGCAUGUACUGUAUAAAUGCCUACAUACAGUAUGUGUGUGUUUUACCUAGGCUACAUAUUUUUUCAACUGUCCUGUAAAACUGUCAACCUUAAUACCAGUUAAUGAGAAAUGUUGUAAAUUAAUUACAGUAGCUUAUUUAUUUUUGUCUGUGAUGAUUUUCAUUUCCAGUCAUAAAGUGUAAUAUAGCUCGGCUACGGAUGAAAUUUCGAUUUACUGGCUGAUAUAUCCCGUGUCCGUUUUGCCGGGGAACUCUUCGUGUCGACAUGUUGGCAUAAGGGAUCGUGUUUCGGGUGCACUACUGUCUCUACACACAGCUGUUUUUUCACUCGUAAAUUUAUUCUUUCUGUUUUACUCACAUAGACUUUUACUGUACCUGCCUUUGUAGUUGUGCUAUGAUCACCUGGUAGAGCAAGGCACUUGUAAUAUUGAUAUGAUAUGCUUUUGAAGUAACUAAAUGUUUUGAACAGA